ACCGUAGUCAGCAGUGCUUCCCAAAACAAUAUGGUGGACUCCAUAAACGCCACGCGUAAUACUUAAUAAAUUGUUUUCACUUAUUCUCGUUAGAUUAUACUGGAAAUUAUUAUUAAACAUGUCAGGGCGACAAGGAAACAAGCUGCCCAACAAUUUACCGCAGUUGCAGAACCUCAUAAAGAGGGAUCCUGGAUCAUACAUAGAAGAGUUCCUCCAACAAUAUCGCCACUACCAGUCCAAUGUGCAGAUAUUUAAACUACAGCCAGACAAGCCCAACAAGGAGCUGGCGGACCUCGCCAUGUUCCUGGCUCAGGUCGGACACUGCUAUGUGGAGCAUCUGUCUGCGUUCCCCCAGGAGCUGACCGGUCUGCUACUGGGGCAUCACACUGUCCUGGAUUCAGAUUUGCGAAUGACGUUUUGCAAGGCCCUGAUUCUCCUGAGGAACAAGGACCUGAUCAACCCAACAGGCCUCCUGGAGCUCUUCUUUGAGCUGCUGCGUUGCCACGACAAACUCCUGAGGAAGACGCUGUACACACACAUUGUUGCAGAUAUCAAGAACAUCAAUUCAAAGCAUAAGAACAACAAGGUCAACACGACUUUACAGAACUUUAUGUACACCAUGCUGAGAGACAGCAACCCCAUCGCAGCCAAGAUCUCGCUGGACGUCAUGGUUGAGCUCUACAAGAGGAACAUUUGGAAUGAUGCAAAAACAGUCAACGUCAUCACAACGGCGUGUUUCUCCAAAGUGACAAAGAUCUGCGUCGCCGGCAUGAAAUUCUUCCUCGGCAAAGACGAGGACGAGAAAAAGGACAGUGACUCAGAGUCCGAGGACGACGGGCCCUCGGCCAGAGACCUAUUGGUGCGGUACUCCACAGGAAAGAAGAGCACCAAGAGCAAGAAGAAGCUGGAGAAGGCCAUGAAAGUCCUCAAGAAACACAAGAAAAAGAAGGUGGUGGAGGUCUUCAACUUCUCGGCCAUUCACCUCAUCCACGACCCACAAGAUUUCUCUGAGAAGCUCCUGAAGCAGCUGGAGGACAGUAAGGAGCGCUUUGAGGUGAAGAUCAUGAUGAUGGACCUCGUGUCCAGGCUGGUUGGGAUCCACGAGCUCUUCCUGUUCAACUUCUACCCCUUCAUCCAGCGUUUCAUCCAGCCCCAUCAGAGAGAGGUGACGAAGGUUCUCCUCUGUGCUGCACAGUCGUCCCACCAGCUGGUUCCACCAGAGAUCAUUGAACCCCUGAUCAUGACCAUCGCCAACAACUUUGUGACGGACAGGAACUCUGGGGAGGUGAUGACAGUCGGGAUGAACGCCAUCAGAGAGGUCGCGGCGCGCUGUCCUCUGGCCAUCAACGAGGAGCUGCUGAGAGACCUGGCCCUGUACAAGACCCACAAGGACAAGAACGUCAUGAUGUCCGCCAGGGGACUCAUCCAGCUCUUCAGGAACCUCGGGCCCGCCAUGCUCCACAAGAGAGACAGGGGGCGACCCACUGAGCUGUCCACGGAGGCCCGGAUCCUGAGCUACGGGGAGACGGAGGCCAAGGACCACAUCCCUGGAGCCGAGGUGCUGGAGGUGGAGGAGAGCCAGGAGGGAGAGGGGGCGGAGAAGGGAGACGCAGACGGCUGGGAAGAAGCCAGUAUCAGUGACGGUGAUGAAGAUGGGGAAUGGGUUGACGUCCACCACUCAUCUGAUGAAGAAACGAGUACCAUCGCGGAGAAGCUGCUGGCCAUCCCAGUGGAGGAGCGACAGGCCAAGGCGGCCGAGGUCAGCGCCUCCCGGCUCCUCACCCAGGACGACUUCAAGAAGAUCCGCCUGGCCCAGAUGGCCAAGGAGGUGAACAACGCCCCCGGCAAGGGCGGCCAGAAGAGGAAGAACGUGGACCUGGACGCCGAGGAGGGCGGCGGCAGAGGGGAGCUUCUGAGUUUGAAGAAUAUCGAGCUGCUGCACAAAAAACCCAAGUCAGACAAGGAAACAAGACUGGCUACCGCAAAGGCAGGCCGGUCGGAGAGGAAGGACUUUGCGAAGAAGCACAGCAAGCUGAACCCGUUCGCCAGCACCAGCAACAAGGAGAAGAAGAGGAACAAGAACUUCAUGAUGAUGCGCCACAGCGAGAACGUCCGGACCAAGAGCAAGCGUUCCUUCAGGGACAAGCAGAUUGCUUUGAGAGACGCCCUCAUCAAAAAGAAGAAGCAGUACAAGUAACGUGUCCAGAGAUGAGCACGAUAUUAGGACUUGUAUUUACUGUGUUGAUGUGUUUUCUCAAUAUUGUCUAUUCCUUUGCCCAGUCGAGUAUUUUUCAAUCCUCCCUGAAUUAAACAUUUUGAUGGUUCCUUAA